CACCACUUUCUGGAUUUUCCUUCCUUUUCCAUAAAUUCUUCUGGUUGGUUUUAUUUCCAGGUGGCCAAGUUUCCCUUUAAGAGUAAUGUGAGUUUUGUGGUCAUUGUACCAAACCAGUAUACUCGGAAUCCCUCUCAUGUGCUGGAGAACUUCCCUUACAAACAACUAUGCAGGCUUUUCCCCAGAGAGGUGCCCACCACAGUGAAGAUCCCAAAAAUAAAAUUGGACUACCAGCUGGAACUCAACAAGGUUCUCAGUCAAAUGGGCCUCCAGGAGCUGUUCACAAGCCCAAAUCUGCAGAAGAUCACAGAUGAGCCUCUCUUUGUGUCCAGUGUGCAGCACCAGUCCACCAUGGAGCUUAAAGAGGAUGGGGUGGAAGCAUCUGCUGCAACCAGCGUCAUGCUGUCCCGCUCGGUCUCUGUCUUCAGCCUCGACCGGCCCUUUGUCUUCAUUAUCUUUGAGGAUGAAACGGGCAUCCCGCUUUUCAUAGGCAGUGUCCAGAACCCCAACCCCAGUGCUGCUCCCCAGAUCCAAGAGCCACAGGACUCACGUGAAGCCACAGAUGCCAAUAAGUACCACGUGCCCAAAUAAGAGAGGAGUAGAAUCUAAGUGUUCUGGGACUGCAACCUGACCCUCUGGACCAGCUGAGAGAGGCCUUCUGCCCUCAGAGACCUCCCUCUGAGGCCACGGGAGGCAAUUCCUUACUAUUUUCCUUUACAGAUCCCUAGAGACCAGUCCUGGGAUAGCCCAUUCUAGCCCUGACAAGCUUCUCCAGGCUGAGGUUCCCCUCUGUUGAACCUGAAAAGCUUGCUUUGCCUGGAUUUCCCUUCCAGGGCUCUCAGUCAUGGAAGGGAGACUUUCUUGUCCCCAGACUGUUAUUAGAGUCUUUAUUAAGAUCUUAUUAGAGUCCCCCAUAGCCUGGAAUCAUCAUUAGCAUCUGGCAGCUUGGACAACAGCCAGAGAUAUAUUAAUAUGGCUCUUCCUUCCGCAGUUCCUGGGAACAUGUCUCCCUCAAUGUUCCUCUGAAAACCAUCUGUGCCCACCUAGAAAAUGACCUCUAGAGCAACUGGACUAGUAACCAGUUGUCUUCUCUAGGAUGAGUCACAGCCACUUCCAGGCACAGGCUCUUUUAAAAGAUUCCCUUUUCCCACUCCUUGGCAAUUUGGAUUUGAUGUAGGAGGCUCUGCAGUGGCAAACCACUUUGGAUCCUUAUCUGCAGCCCUUUUCCGGGAAACUCUAGAGGUUGGGUAAUGCUAGAUUUUUCAAGACAUAUUUUAUAAAGUGUUUUUUAGUAAUUUUUAUGUUGGCAGAAUAAUAAAGAAUAAAGCAGAAUA